AUGGCCAUGCAUUGCAUAGAUGAAACACACGAAAUGGCUGAAGGCAAGAUAAUCAAAGAAGUAAGAGACGAGAGACAAUUGGACGCUUGGGAAAGUUUGUACAUAGAAAAUGGAACGGAACUGACGAACAUUGACGAUCCUCCGAUAAAGUCAAGUCUUUUUAAAAUUGCACUCACACAUUGA